AAGGCUGAGGUUAAUUAAGCGGACUUGCUCAACAGCGACAGCAUGGUCCCAAAGGAGCUUGCCAGAUUGAAAUCCUUGGACUCGGAGGAGGUAGCCUGCUGCCUAUCAAAUCUAAUGUCAACCCAGCCUUUGAUACAAAGGGUUACGCCAAUCCUUAGCGACAACCAGGAUAUUAGAAAAUAUUUCCAACCAAUUUCUGUGGCAAUCGGUCCCCUGCACCAUCCCAGUGAAAAUGGUUCUGAUUCAACUUCAAGAGUCCGCAGAGCAGAGAAGUUCAAGCUACAAUUGGCGGCGAUGUUCAUCAAAUAUAGUUGCAGUAACAAGGAAGAUCUCUACAACAAUGUCAAGAACCACUUGAGUAGCCUGAAGAGGUGUUAUGAUCCCGACCAACAAGAAGAGUGGAAGAAGAAAAAUUGGGAUGAUGAGGACUUGGCAUGGAUGCUCCUUGUGGAUGGUUGUGCAAUAUUGUAUUUCAUAUACCUUGAUGUGAACAACAAGUGGGAGAAAUUGGGAGCAAACGAGGAGGAGCAGCAACCACAAAAAAGUUGGCAGCAGCAACAAUCACAACAAAGAUCGCAGUGGCAGCAACAACCAGAAGAAAGAUCGCAGCGACAGCAGCAGCAACAACCACAACAAAGUUUGCUGCAGCAGCAACAACAAUCGCAACAAAGAUUGCAGCAGCAACAGCAGCAACCCCAACAAAUAUCGAUAUUCAUUUCUGAUGAAGAAGAUCCUGCUCAUCUUUUGGCACUGUUGCACAGAGAGCUGAUUGGAGUCAAAUCGAAAAGUAAGAAACAGCAACAGGUCAACAAAUCAGAUGGCUUUUGGGGAACCCUUGAGAGAGCUUGCUCUAAAAGUCAGAACAGACAAUACACAUUUCGCGGUGCAACGGAGCUGAAAGGGAAUGGGAUAUUUUUUAAAGCGCGCCACGAUAACCGGACGCGCGGAGUAACGGACAUUGAAUUCUGCGACAAUUCUUGCAUGCCAACCAUUGAGCUGCAUCCCAUUGUGGUGGACGACUCCACGAUUCCUAAGCUGCUGAACUUGAUAGCAUAUGAGAUGUGUCCAGAUUUCAGAAACGACUACGGGAUCACCACUUAUGUGGCAUUCCUAGACUCCUUGAUUGAUAAAGGAGAGGAUGUGAAGGAACUGAGAGUUGCCGGUGUGCUGCAUAACGGACUAGGAAGCGAUGAAGCAGUAGCAAGGCUGUUCAACCAGAUCAGUGAUUACCUGGUGCCGAAUCCUGAUCUGUACUCACAUCUGCAGCGUCGUAUCCAAGUACACUGCAACAGCGUAUGGGCCAGUGAUUUGGCUCAACUCUACCACACCUAUUUCAGGACUCCUUGGAGCUUCUUGGUCUUCCUCGGUGCCAUUGCGGGUCUUCUUUUGACUGGUCUGCAGACUUACAAGGACUUCAACAAGCCAGCUCCAUAACCAAAACCCCUAGAUAUAUAAUACUGCAAUGUAUGUUUUCUUUAGCUCCCUAAAAAAUAAUGGAAAUGCUUAUGUGUGUGUUUUGGGAGGUUAGUUAGUUAUCACUUAUCAACCAAGAAAAUAAAUGCGAUUUGGCAUA